UGUGCAAUACAACAGGUGAAGAAUUUCACAAUGGACAUCCUUAAACGGAGCUCAGGAAUAUGGGCAUCUGAACUAGUAUCAAACCUAGACAAAAUGUGUGACAGCCUCGAAUCCACACUCUCCAAUUCCUCUUCCGCGAGCUACCUUUUCCCUUUACAGCAGUUCCUCUUCACCUUCCUCACCAAGACCCUCUCCGGAGCCGACCCUUCCGUCGACGCCAAGAUCGCGGACGGCGGCUACCUUAUGUUUGACCGCUGGUUGGCCCUUCAGCUCCAGCCCACAGUCCCCAUAGGCAUUCUCCAGCCCUUAGAGGAGAUCUUCCUCCACUCAUUCGCCUAUCCUUUCUUCCUUGUCAGUGGUGACUACAACAACCUCUACAACUUCAUCAAACAACAUGGUAAGGAGGUUGUAAACAGAGGCAAGCUCGAGUUUGGGUUGACCGAAGAAGAAUCCAUUCACAACCUUCUCUUCGUGCUUGGAUUCAACGCAUUCGGAGGCUUCUCCGUAUUCCUCCCAAGCCUGAUUGACGCCAUAGCCACCGACACCACAGGCUUACAACGCAAACUGGCAAAGGAAGCAAGGGAAAAUGGCGGGUCAACCCUCACCCUCAACUCGGUCAAAGACAUGCCACUCAUCAACUCCGUCGUCUACGAGGUGCUCCGCCUCAACCCACCGGUUCCCCUCCAGUACGCCCGCGCAAGAAAGGAUUUCACACUGAGCUCACACGACUCGGCCUUCCGAGUCACCAAGGGCUACCACCGGGUCCCUUCUCUACUAAUGUUUCCAAGUUAGGAUUGUUAGAUUUAUACAAUUCUAGCUUGCGGGAGGGUGUUACCUAGAUUAUUUUUUUUAUUUUGUAUUUUUUUU